CGCUGCACUAGGCCACUAGCACAGCGUAGCGUCGUCCCGUCCACUUUUGAACGCUUCAAAGGGGUGAUGACAAAGAGAUCGACCGGGGCGCGCACUUCUUUCCCCUCCAAAUAAGCUCGUCCAGUCCAAGCACACAAGCCAUUCCACCGCUCGCCGUCGCUGUCUCCCAUCCCAUCCCAUGCAUCACUAGCGGAUUUGUGGAGUGGUUGCGCCCCCUGCGAGCGAGCUCUGUUCGUACCGCGCGCUCCGGUGCGGAGUGGUUGCUGGCCGGCGAGGCGGGCGGACGGACGCGUCGAUGCGCGUGGCAGUAGCUGCGUGCGGGUGACGAAGCAGGGGCACUUGCUAUAUCCGUCGCCUCUUGGCGGAUGUGCGGGAUUCUGCGCGCAGUACGCGGCGGCCAUGGACGCGUCCUCGCCCUUCAGCUUCCACGAGCUCAGGCGGCAGGCCUCGUCCUACCUCACCGACAAGAUCCGCUCCGCGCGGCUCGCGCUCACCGAUGUUACCCCGACGCAGCUGAUGACGGAGGAGGCGACGAGCGGGGACGCAUCGCCGCCGAACGUGAAGACGAUGAGCCUCAUCGCGCGGCAGGCGUUCGAGAUCGACGAGUACGUCAGGAUCUCCGACAUCCUCCACAAGAGGUUCGCGAGGUUCGACAGGCGGCAGUGGCGUGAGGCGUACAAGGCCCUCCUCCUCCUCGAGCACCUCCUGACGCACGGCCCCCGUAGCGUCGCGUUGGAGUUCCAGAGGGAUCGGGAGGUCAUCGAGCAGAUGGUCUCCUUCCAGCACAUCGACGAGAAAGGUUUCAACUGGGGGAUGACGGUGAAGAGCAAGUCGGAGCGCGUGCUGAGGCUGCUGGAGCGGGGCCCCUUCCUGGAGGAUGAGCGUGAGCGUGCGCGCAAGAUAGCGCACGAGAUCAAGGGAUUCGGCAGCUUCAACCUCAGCAGCGCGCAUGCGUCGGGGUCGGCGGCGGCAGCCCUCCGCGCGGGGGCGAUGGAGCACCAGUGCUACGGCCGGAGCAACUCGCGGUACGAGGGCAGGUGGAGGAGGGAGGCCUGCGUGGACGACGGCGACAAGGAGAACCUGCUGGUGGUGUCGAUGGCCGAGGCGAAGGCCGAGGCGGCGGCGGAGGAGCCGCACCACUACCACCACCCGUUCUACGGCUUCGGGCAGCAGCGGCCGGAGGCGAUGCUGCUCCUGAGCCAGUAGUGAUCGUUUGGGUGGAUGGUUCUUCGUCGAUCGCAUCGUUCGUUGGUUUGUGAUGCGUGAGAAAAAAUCCUGUAAAGUCAGUGGCUUGCUGGCAUCCUCUUUGUGAUGACCCUUUUGUAAUCGUCGUCCUUAAUUUCAGUUCUGAUUUCUGAAACUCUAAAAAUGCCUGAUUCCCUGAGCUCAUAAACACACGAAGAAAGGAAAUUUUGAGAAGUUGGAAGCUUCAA